AUGAACGACAUUAGGCUGAUACUAUCGCGCACGGCAUCGAAAUGUCGCAUUCCGGUUUUCCGCAGGCCAAUGAUGCGUCCCAACUCUCAUAAUCCUCUUUGGCUGCCGCAAGAGCUAUGGUACAGAAUCAUAGAAAAUUUCGACAACGACCUAUGCACUCUGUCUAAUUGCAGCCUAACCUGUCGUGCAUGGGCAGCCGCAUUCCGCCCUCUGCUCUUCCGCCGCCUCCGCGUCACCGAUCGCAAUCUUCGCCGCGUACACAGCCUGCUGCUCGCAAACAAGCAAAUUGGGACCCACGUCAGACAUCUCACAUUCAUGGACUUUCAAUCCUGGUCUGGGCAGUGGCAGCAGGAGCAGCGCAAAACUCUGGCAUUCAUCCUUUCCCAAUUCCCCCAGGUCACCAAUCUCACCCUAGGAGUGCUCGUCCUCACGCCGUCCAUGCUGGAUACGCUGGCGCCGCUCUCGCCACCCGUGCAAUUCCUGACAGUGGGGACGCUGGUAGGCACAACACCUGACGCCUUCACGCGAUUCAUUCGCGCGUUCUCUAAUCUGCACAUGCUGUCGGUCGAGGAAGACCUGUACAUCCAUCCCGAAGGCAAGGGGCUAUCGUCUGCGUCUGUUAUGGAGCGGCUCAUGCGAACACUCGGCAUCGCGUUCACGCCGCCGGCUCAGAGAGAGCCUGACUGGUAUCAGCAGGCGAUCAGUUCACUCUUCUGGAAUCUGUCCCACCGUACCAUAAGGGGCGACCCAAGAGCAUUGGCCGCCUUGCUGCAGGAUGCAGCCCCGUCGCUGACAUGUCUUCGUCUCGACUUCCGGUGCUUAUAUGAUGACACGGUGGUGUUCGGCAAAAUGGACAACACGAGCAUCACUUGCUUGGAGUUCUGGGGAGUUUCGCCUUAUGACAAGUAUUGGAUACCGCAAUUCUUGUCGCAGGUCCGGACUGCGAGCAUUCGCGAGGUCAAGUUUCGGGACUUCCCAUCUGGGUCAUCGACACGGACCACAGAUCUUCUUCGCGCUUUGGAACCAGUCUUAUCUAGAGCCGCCCUCCCAGCAUUGCAGAAAGUGACCUUCAGUGUUGGCGUCUCGAGCUCUGCAACAGAGCACUCCUUGGGUUGCACAUCCAUCCAAGCACUCCUCCCCCAUCUCGAUGCUGAAGGACUCUUAGAAUUUGAGGAUUAG